GGAGCCUUAGCCAGCAGUCUGGCCAUCAUGACGGAUGCAGCUCAUCUAUUGACUGACUUCGCCAGCUUCAUGAUAAGUCUGCUCGCCAUCUUCUUGGCCGCCAGGCCUGCCACCAAGCGGAUGAGCUUUGGCUGGCAUAGAGCAGGUCAGAAAGCAAUAUGCAAUCUCUUGAUUCACUGA